AUGGCUUCUCUGCGGCGCACCAAAAACUUUGCCAGUGAUGGCCAGACUCCCAUCUUCCUGUACACCAUUCUCAAGCAACUGGACCUGAGAUCGAUCGACUGGAAUCUUGUUGCCAGUAGUCUGGACAUUUCCAACGGCCAUGCCGCGCGGAUGCGAUACAGUCGGAUGAAAUCGCAGUUUGAGGGGGUCUCGAGUCAGCAAAAGCCAGCAAAAGCCCGGAAGGAAAAGGACAGCGAAGGCAAAGCUUCCAAGGACAAGGGAAAGGGAAAGCGGCAGCUUCUGGAGGAGGAGAAUGAACGGCUUGCCAAACAGGCCAACUCCACCAACGAGCCCAAGAAAGCGAGGCUUGAACCCUCUCCAUACAUUGACAACAGCUACACAUCGCCUGCCACUGGCACUGGUCAGCAGUUUGUGAGCCCGAUGUGGAAUCAGCCACUGGUCAAACUUGAGCCCACAUCCGAAUAUGCAAGCCUUGCGACCAACCCCAGUCCUCCUCCACCUAUUAUCAAGACUGAACCUGACGCCUCCACCGCGGGUUUGACGACUGAGCGAUCGACCUCGCCUGCAGUCAAGCAAGAGCCGGAGACAACAGCAACCAGCCAUGAGAUGUCCGCGGUCGCCCCGGUUAUCGUCAAGAAAGAACCAGAUACUACCAUGUCAAGCGCCCCCUUCUCCGGCUUGAACCCCUAUGAUGCAUCCGCAACAGCCAACAGCUACCGUUUGUCUCCUUAUGCAAACCCCUCCAUGAACAACCUGAAUCCGUCGCUGUACAUGAACUCAUAUGCGCUGCCCUUGGGCUCAAACGCAACCCCCUCUGCAUAUUCGAUGACACAGUCGCUACCGGGCUACGCUUAUCAUCCUUACCUGUAUCACGGCGCCAAUGCAUGGCCAUCGGCUGUUGCUGAUCACAAUGCCACUAGAGCUAUGACUCCCAUGGCAGACAACGUGAGCCUGAACCCUCUUGCCACUUCGUACGAAGAGCUGCUGCACAUGCCAUUGUAUUUCCGACAAGCGGGUACGGGUGAUGUUCAGACAGCAGAGUCUCAAACACACGGCCGUGCAUCCGCUCAGAUUUCGAACAAUGCAUCCGAAGGUAUCGAGCAGGGGGCACAGAGUGAAAGCCUGCCCGGUCCAGGACCACAUGAUACUGCUGUUCUCUCCACAAAUGCCAAGACAGACGCAAGAUCCGAUUCCACAGAAUCAUCGCCGGACGACAACACUGCCAACCACUGCGACUUGACCUCGGCGGCUGCGCUGGAAACGGACUCUGAUGCUGAUGGAGAAGUCGAUAGCGAGAACGCUGGUAAAACGCAAGGUAUUGGCACAGAAGCCCCAGCCAAGAGGGAGCCUAUGGAAGUGUGGUGA